GCACGACCUCCUCUUCUGGGGCGCAGGGCAGAAUGCCUGUGCUAGAGCGCUAUUUCCACCCGGCAGAGCUAGGCAGGAGGUGGCCAGGCCCAGAAGGUGUGCUGUCCUCCUCCUCCCCGGGCAGCCGGCCGGGGUGCCAGCAGGGGCCGCUGCCCUGGGACUUGCCAGAGAUGAUCAGGAUGGUAAAGCUGGUCUGGAAAUCCAAAAGCGAGCUGCAGGCGACCAAACCGAGAGGCAUUCUGGAAAAUGAAGAUACUCUCCCCAGUUUUCCAGGAGAUGUACGACUAAGGGGUCAGACGGGGGUUCCCGCUGAACGCCGUGGCUCCUACCCAUUCAUUGACUUCCGCCUACUUAACAAUACAACAUACUCAGGGGAAAUUGGCACCAAGAAAAAGGUGAAAAGACUUUUAAGCUUUCAAAGAUACUUCCAUGCAUCAAGGCUGCUUCGUGGAAUUAUACCACAAGCUCCUCUCCACCUGCUGGAUGAAGACUAUCUUGGACAAGCAAGGCAUAUGCUCUCCAAAGUGGGAAUGUGGGAUUUUGACAUUUUCUUAUUUGAUCGCUUGACAAAUGGAAACAGCCUGGUAACCCUGCUGUGCCACCUGUUCAACACCCAUGGACUCAUUCACCAUUUCAAGUUAGAUAUGGUGACCUUACACCGAUUUUUAGUCAUGGUUCAAGAAGAUUACCACAGCCAAAACCCGUAUCACAAUGCCGUUCACGCGGCCGACGUCACCCAGGCCAUGCACUGCUACCUAAAGGAACCAAAGCUUGCCAACUUCCUCACGCCUCUGGACAUUAUGCUUGGACUGCUGGCUGCAGCAGCUCACGAUGUCGAUCACCCAGGGGUGAACCAGCCAUUUUUGGUCAAAACUAACCACCACCUUGCCAACCUAUAUCAGAAUAUGUCUGUGCUGGAGAAUCACCACUGGCGAUCUACAAUUGGCAUGCUUCGAGAAUCAAGGCUUCUUGCUCACUUGCCAAAGGAAAUGACACAGGAUAUUGAACAGCAGCUGGGCUCCUUGAUCUUGGCAACAGACAUCAACAGGCAAAAUGAAUUUUUGACCAGAUUGAAAGCUCACCUCCUCAAUAAAGAUUUAAGACUGGAGGAUGCACACGACAGGCACUUUAUGCUUCAGAUCGCCUUGAAGUGUGCUGACAUUUGCAAUCCUUGUAGAAUCUGGGAGAUGAGCAAGCAGUGGAGUGAAAGGGUUUGUGAAGAAUUCUACAGGCAAGGUGAACUUGAACAGAAAUUUGAACUGGAAAUCAGUCCUCUUUGUAAUCAACAGAAAGAUUCAAUCCCUAGUAUACAAAUUGGUUUCAUGACCUACAUCGUGGAGCCGCUGUUCCGGGAAUGGGCCCACUUCACCGGAAGCAGCCCUCUGUCUGAGAACAUGCUAAGCCACCUCGCACACAACAAAGCCCAGUGGAAGAGCCUACUGCCCAAGCAGCACAGAAGCAGGGGCGGUAGUGGCAGCUGCCCCGACCACGACCCUGCAGGCCACAAGACUGAGAACGAGGAGCAGACUGUGACAGAAGGCGACACCGCGUAGCACCUGGCCUGGCCCGUGCCCUGCUCUGAGUCACUGAGAGGAAGGGCCUGCAUGAGCAACACCUCCAGAGAGGGCCCAAGCUCUGAGGGAGCUCUUGCCAGUCACCCCAGCCGCCCCCUGGGUUUUGUCCUGGGGCUCUUUGGAAUGCCACCCUCCUCCCACGUACCUGCCUCCCCGCCUUUGUGCAAGUGUACAGAAGCCAUUUGUCACCUCAGCAUUUGCUGCCGAAAUGAGCGACUCCCUUCAGUGACGUGGGAGCCAAUGCCACAGGCAGGCUCACCCCCUACCCCCCACCCCAGGAGAAGACUUGGAGUAAGAAAGAGGUGCUUCUGCCUGUCCCCCCAUGACCCUCGGUCACACUGUGACAGGCAGCAGUUCCCAAGUCCAGAAGCAUGUGAGCGUUUGCCAUCUGACUGCUGAUCUGUGUGACAAAAACACCAGCAUAUUUGGAACUCCAAGGAGAUUGGUCUUAAGGGCCAGAGCACAAUGAGAGCAUGACAGAAAGUACCUUCUAUUUUAAUAAUAAUUAUUAUUGUAAAAAUAAUAAUAAAUCUUUUUAACUUUUCUAUUUUAUGCACUAGACAAUGGAUCUAAAACUUUGGGCUAAGAAUUACUCAAUGUACCCAAACUUGAACAGGGGGUUCAUUGAUUUGUUACGGACUUUAUGCCACCUUGAGGCAGAGAUUUGGCAUCUUCUCAAUUUAAGAAAUCACAUUUCCUAUCCGAUCUGAGGGGAAGGUGCUGUAGAGUUCGUUCCUUUGCACCAUCAGCCAAUCUGUCUUUGACGGAUUCCGUGACGUGUUUAUAUUCACCCAUGUACAUUUUCUGUAAAUACCAAGCGCUACUGAUUCCCAUGCCAAAAUACAUGAGUAUUAUGGGAUUGCUACCUGUAUAAACAAUGGCACUGUGAACAGAAUACUGUUAGUUUUAAUACAAGAGAAUGCAUUUGUAAAUAUGGUAUAGAGUUUAUUAAUAUACUGUUGUUUGCAGAUAAAGGCCUUAACUUUAAACAUCUUUCAUCUUCUGAAAGCUGCCCAAUUUAAAUCCUCACAGAUUGUCUUUCUGAACUGCCUUCCCAUGCCUGUCUCUAUGUUUUCCAGCUAAGGUCACAAACCAAAACUGAAUAAAGUCUUUGAGGAAACCUUUCAGAAACUUCGCAGGCAUUCCGCUUGAGACCAUAGUGUUUCAUCUAUGGCACCAAGCAUCGUUUCCUCAGAUACAUGAGACCCUUCAACAAGCCUGAAUCAGUCACUCUUCAACGCAGCGAUGUUUUCACAAGCCAGCUGAUAAGCCUAUGUUUAUGUGACUCUUGUUAUGGAACAUGGCGAUGCAUCAGCUUCACAGGAGACAUAGCAGGUCUCAAAAACCUCUUAUGACCCUGUCAUCUAAGCAUCAGGGAAUUUCCCCGCUCCCAUGUCACACAUUUGUCUGUUAUGGCUACAGUACCAAAGUACUUUUGGUUUAUGGUUGGCGUGCAUUUCUUUGGUGUUAAUAGUAACUGGAUUUUUCUUUUCCCUUAAUUUCAAGUGAACAACUACUCAACUGUUUAGCUGAAGUUCAUAUUAUUUAAGUCAAGGAAAGAUUUCAGUUUUAUGACACACUUUACCUUCCUGGCAGGUCAUCGUUGUUAAUUAUGGUUCUAGCUAGCAGUGUCACCUUGGAAUUUUGCUACCCUUUUUUUCUACAGACACUUGGCCGUAAAAACAGUCUGUUAACAGCAUUCUUCUCCAGGCUGCUAAACGCUGUGCACUGAACCCUUUCGUUACAAGUUUUAGCAUAAUUAAUGUUAGAUGAAAAUUGUUGGUACCCCUUUCUUCUUGGCUUUAACAGUAUGGUAGUGGGAGAGUGGCUGUUUCUGCCAUUAUCAAGCUGUUUCUCAAGCUGAUAAAAUGACAGCUAGCUCUCACUUCCUGAGUGCAACUGGUUGGGAGUUUUUUCUCCUGACAUGCAAAUGAAAUGUUAGAAACUUGACUGGCCUAUAAUAAGUUCCUGCAGGGAGGCUGGGGCUUGCAGAGUUAAGGCUUCCGGUAAAUUUUGGCAAGUUGGUUAUAUUUUCAUUAAAGUAGGAGAGAUUGUCAGAUGGUGCUAAAGAAAGUGUGAAGACCUUAUGAAGUGAGUGAAUGGUAAGUUGAAACUAUUGAUAUGGGGAAGAAAGGAGGUUGUGGAGAAUUAACACCAACUGUUUUUUCUGUAAUAUCUAUGAGUUGACAUAUGUCUCUUUAUCGCCUUAGCAUUCUGAGGCUCUCAGCUUGGGGAGACCCCAAAAGAGAAUAUGUUGGUUGUAUUCCUGUUUCCAAACCUCCCUUACUUAGGUUUGAUGGUACAGAGAGGGUUUUUGAGUAGUCUGUUUUUAAUGGCUAUGGGAUCAAAUCAAGGAAAGCAACUUUUGAGGACAAGAAAGUAGAGAUAGGAAAGAAGGUAUUAUUUUAGUUAAUGGGGCCCCUACCUUGAAUCUAGGAAAUGGCUUUGCUGAAAUUACAAUUAUAUCAUAAUUUAAAUAAAUAAGAUUUGGAGGUAUUCUGGGUAGUUCCAAGUUUAUAGGACAAAAAUGUUUUUGUUACAAUUAGGUCUUGAAGAAGAGUUCCCAGAAAAAACCACCAAAUAUCCACGAUUAACCCUAUGAAGUAGCUACUAGUACAAUAAAAAUCUGAAGUAAAAGGAAAUAUAAUGCAUAAACUAUAUGCAUCUGUCUCCUUCAUUCAACUGUCUGGAGAGUACUUGAGUUCCUCACUUGUCCACAGAACAAAAAAGAAAAAGAUUGUGAAAACUUCUUUCUUUUUGUCUAGUAGUGGCUCUUUUGCAAUAUUUCAUUAGGAGUCCAAUUACUAAUUAAUAUACAGCUAUUGGCUCAUCCGUGGAUUUUAUCUUUAUCUUACUGUCCUAGUUCAUGGACCAUCAAUUGUUGACUUACCAAGUUUAAUUCUUUCAUUGCUUGAGAAGAAAGGGAUCAAAGGGCUAUGUUUAGUAAUGAUAAACUUAAGAUCAAAUGAAGACAGAGAGAGAAUAUAUAUACAUAUAUCACUGCCAGGCCUGAUAGGCAAAGCCUGCUUCUCCUUUUAAUAGCAGCAAUUAAUAGUCAGGACCUUAUUUAUGACAACCUGACCUACCCAUAACUCUCUGCUAGGCUAAGUAAAAGCCAGGCUCUGUUUCUCCCUGCAUACAGAUUCCCAAAAGGGACUUGGAGCGUGUCUUGAAACCUUGUCUUUAGUCAGUGCUUCCUACAAAACACAGACUUGUUUUGUAAUCUUUCUCAUGUUGAAUCAGAUCUGCUCACUGAUUUGGAUUUGGUUAUGAGCUUGUAUCCACUGUACUUCUCAUGCUUUGUUCUCUUAAGCGAACCCUUAAGAAUUGUGUCAUUUUGUGUACACGUGUGAGGUUUGAAAAAACCACCUUGUGAGUUUUGCUCAAAAUGUGGCCUAAAUAUCCAUUGGCAUGUCUAGAUGAAAACUAAAAAUAAAGAUAAUUUCUUUAAAAUAU